AUGGGUGUCAACGCUGUUAUCGGUUAUAUGGCAUCACUUCCUGUCGCCGAGCGAGACACGGCCUGGAAACGUAUUCAGGCAGGUUUCAUUUUGGCAUCUGAACUUCCUACGACGCCGUCACCUCGAUCUGAUCUCGAUGCAGCACUGGAGAAAAUAUUCGGUGAGAAGACUAUUGCAGCUCAGCCGAUGCAUGCAUCUUGUUCUGCAAAGAUUGGUGGUCGAAUGGGAAAGAAGCUUGAUGACUGGCUCGAUCCGAUCCUCUAUCCGACUCACUCGCUAGCCUUCUUACGUGCACUUGCGGAUAGUCGUUGGGUCGUUCGCGGUGAACCUGAAAAAAGUAAACUGAUUCGCGAGAUGAAGUGGGGUGGACGAAUGUUCGGAGCAUUCACGUCGCAAGAAGUCGCCGUUCUCGAAGCAUGGAUUUGCGAUUUAAACCGACACAAUCUUCCGAUCAAGAGAACCGGAUCCUACGAAGCAUUUACAGGUGCCGAGACAAAGUUUCCAGUUAUUGGUGUCACAUGCGAAUGGUCUGACAUCCUUGCUUGCCCGUCUGCACCUCGUCAGUACACGAGUCGUCUGAUGCCGACGAAUUUCUUCUCGCCGUUAUCUCUUCAAGAGAAGAAUCAUGCCAUUUUAUCUCUACUGUCAGUAUCGGCCGUACCCUUCGAAUACCUGCCCUCGUUUCCUGCCAAAUGCGCCAGCACCUACGGUAUGAUGGCUAUUCGAUGUCUUCGAGCACUGUACGGCUUCUUACCGGAUUCUGAUACGUGUGCUGGUAUGGACGAGGUGACAACCAAUGGUCUCAUACUCGGUGUGGUAGAGAUUGCCGGUGUCGCACUCAAAGAUACUAGCGAACAUGUACGUGAAUUCGUCACGCAACUAUUGUGUGUAUCGGCUCAUCCUGAACGCAACGAAGCGAUUCUCGUUGGUCUGCAAGAUGGUUUUAUCGAUUAUGUGUUUCCUGCAUGCGAGCAACUGCACACACAACUAUCCGUCAUGGAGCUGCAAGCACUGCGACGUAUUCGGGCAAGAUGUCGACAAACGCUCGAUGCUUAUGUGAAGCAGAAGAAUGACCACGAUAAUUGGUUAGCAGAGAUGCUCGAUGGAAAGAAAGUAGUGGAGUCUAUUGUUUCUAAUAUAGUCAAUUGA